GAGUUGGCUUCAUCUUCAGAAUCUUUUCGUAUCAGAGAACAAAAAUGGGCAAGAGCGACAGAAGAGUCCAGUGGUCUCAACUCCCAGAAGAGCUCUUGUCACUGAUCUCAAAGAAACAUCUCAACACUCGCAUCCACAAUCUCCGUUUACGCUCCGUUUGUCGUUCAUGGCGUUCCUCAAUUCCUCUCUUCAACAAACCCCCUCCUCCUCCUCCUCCUCAUCCUCCUCCUCCUCCUCUGCCUCACCUUGCUCCUUCCCCCACCAAUCGCAACCGUCUUGUCCAAGUCCGAAAAGCCAAACUCGACGGGUUCUUCUCUCUCACCGAAACCACCAUCUACCUCCUCCAACCGCCCAAUCAACAAAACCCCAAACCAAACACUCCAAUUUCCAUUCCCUGGUUGGUUAGGGUUGAAGAGAUCGAAAAUGGCAAAAAACGUGCCCUACAUCCCGUCUCUCAAAGGAAAAUGCCCAAAAGGUUUCCGAAACAACUCAAUUUGCUCAACAUUCGGAUCACUGAAAUAGGUAAAGCUUAUCGUCUUCGUUUUAUUGAUCCAACCGAGGAAGAGGAGGAAGAGGAGCCCUACCAUUUUUGUAAUGAUGAUGAUGAUGAUUCUACUCGUUUUGAGAAAGUGGUUCCGUCCUCGAGUCCGUGGUCUGGUGCUGGGGAUUAUGCGGUCAUGGCCAUCAAAGAAGGAGACUUGUGGUUUUUCAAGUUAGGAGAUAAGAAAUGGACCAAAAUUGCUUGUUGGAAGAAAUCUUUUUCUUACGAUGACUCUUACCAUGACUUUGUGUAUCACAAGGGACAGUUUUAUGCAGUUGGGGAUAAAGGAAGGAUUGUAGUGAUUGGUUCAGACUUGAAGCCUAAGCCGAUUGCAUCUCUUGGGCCCCCUUAUGGCGGUGACGAUGACGAUGACAAAAGACUACGUUUGGUGAAGUCCUGUGGUGAUUUGUUUUUGAUUGAUAAGGAAAAAAAUAUUAAUAUUGGCCUUUACAAUGAGUAUGAGGUUGAAGGAAAUGACAUGUGGGAUCCCAUCGAGUCUCUAGCAAUGGAUGAUCCUCUGAACAAGGUUUACUUGAAAGUUUAUAAGCUGAAUGAGACAGAAAAGAAAUGGGAGAGGGUUGGAACUUUGGGUGACCGAGUGUUGUUUGCUUGUGAUGCCUUCUCCUAUUCUGUUUCGGCUCGACAUUACUCUGGUUUGAAAGGGGGUUGCAUUUAUUUUUCCGACGGUUCGUUUAUUGAGGAUAGUGGAGGAUAUGAUGAAGAAGAUGAAUGGUCUGCCGAAACUGCAGACACUGGCGUUUUCAGCUUACUGGAUGCCAAGUGCGGGCCUCUAGCUUCUUUUCCGGACCAUUCUCAGAUCUUUUGGCCACCCCCACCUUGGCUUUAGCCAAUAUCACGUGCCAUCAAGAAAGGAAUGGUGAGUUGUGAAGGGACUUUUUGCACUUCUGGAGAUGGUAAAGCUUCUAAGAUGUGAUUCAUCAGUUCCUCUUUUUGGUAUCAAUGACUAUUGUUUACAUUUGCUUUUUGAAAAUCAUGUAAGAAGCUGUGAUGUAGGUCAGGAUGAUGGAAAAUUUCGGUGAAAAGUCGAAUAUUGAAACACUGUAAUCUAUUAUGCAACACAAAAAGGAAUGGCAAUUGGAGUUGCCUAGUUAGUAGAAAGGAUACUUGGAAUUUCAUUUACCCUCACGGGUUAGCUCAACUGGUAAGGCCUUUGGAGCACUCUCUUUUAGUCUCCGGUUCGAGACCACCAAAGGUCAGGCCUUGACUUAAACGAUGCACGUGAUUUGUAGACGAUUGUGUGCAUCCCAAGUUUGCAAACUAUUUGAGAAUUCAAAAUUCAAAGUGACUAGCGGAGUUAUUAGAUUCUUGGUUAUUAAAAAGAAUUCUCAAGAAUAGUGCACACUUGAAGAGCCAUUAACUUGUGUAGGGCCUCAUGCAAGAAAUCCCCACCGUAUAGAUAGUAAAAAAAAUAUUAGUACAAAAGAUGCAGUCCCAGUAAGCCUCUCUCUAGUAAUA